UCCGCUCACAGAUAUCCGUCUUACGAUCACAUGCUGCGCGCCGCAAAGUAGCGCGCGAGCGCGAGUUUCCACGAGUUGGUGUUGUCCAUGUGUGUUACUUGUGUGUAUAUGUUUUCAUGACGUGCGAGAGUGCAUACGAUAAUAAUAAUAAUUGAUACCGAUCUCCGCGAGAUGUUGAAAUGUCGGUAGUGUGCUCUUGACCGAGUGUUUGACGAUGCGCGAAAACGAUGAUCGAUGACGAAAUCGUUGUUACUCAACGCGCCGAGUGCAGACUGAAAAUCCCACCGAGAUAGAAGACAGCUUGCCGAUUUCUUUUUUUUAUUUGAGUGCGUGAAAAGCUUGCGUUUACGUUGCAACAGCGCAAAAGCACGAGUACAAAAGAGAGAAGGAAAAAUAAGUGAAAAAGAGGCGAGAGAAGAAAAAAACGGGAGUGCAUAAACAGACGCUCGCACGCGUGUACGUAAGUGCGCGAAUAAAUUAUCGCGCGUAAAAAGUGAGAAAGAGAUAGACGGCAGCGAAAAAAAGCAACGACUGCACAGCUAUAACGGGUGUGUACAAUAGAGAAAAGAAAAAAAGACGAAGAAGAAGUGCAGAGGAGGAGGAACAGAACACAUCGUGGCGCGGCGCGGAAAAUCGACCAUUGUGUCCUGAGAGCGACUCCGCCACACGUUCGCACACACACACACACACACACAACGAGAACAACAACAGACACAAUCAUCAUGAAGCGCCGACUACUACCGAUCGCAUCUCUAUCGCCGCUGCUGCUGCUUCUGUGCGCGAUCCAAUCGUGCCGGGGCUUCAGCUGCCCGGACAAUCGCCAAUGCUACUGCUUCGAGGAGCUGCCGGGCGAGCACCGGGUCCACUGCUCCGCCAACGCCAACAAUUCCGCCGAGGCGUUCGAUCUCCAACUGCAACGUCACGAUCGUUUGGCCGUCGAGUGCAGCUCCGAGCCCGAUUGGAAGGACUUCAUGCUCGGCCAGCCGCUGGAGAUAGGUGCGGUGCGCUCGCUGCUGUUCGUCUCGUGCUCGCCACCGGGUCCGCGCGACGCCGGCCGAGUCGCGUCGAUCCUCGGCGUCGACUCGGUGGAUCUGCUGAGAUUCGUGAGGAUGAGGAAUCGCACGGCGUUGAGCAGGAGCGAUCUGGCCGCGUAUCCGAGCAUGAAGAAGUUGCUGCUGAGCGACAACGACCUGAGCCAGGUGGAAUCGGAUCGACUGUUUCAAGAUCUCGACUCGCUGGAAUUCCUCGAGCUGCGCAACACUCAGAUCCCGCUGGCCCGCGACAUGUUCGCGACGGGUCCGGUGGGCGGCCAGCUCAAGACCCUCGAGCUCGGCGUCAACGGCUAUCGUCGCAUCGACUCGGGUGUCUUUCGCGGCCUCGGCAAUCUCGAGAUGCUCGUGCUCUGGAAGAACGAACUGGAGCGACUCGAUUCCGGGGUGUUCGAGGGCCUGGAAAAUUUGAGAACCCUGGAUCUCACCAUGAACAAGCUGACCACGCUGCCGGCCGACGUUUUCAAGGACCUCGUCAACGUGGAAAAGUUCAAUCUCGGCCUGAACAACUUCAGCUCGCUGCCCGAGGGCCUGUUCCGCCAUAAUCCGCGCGUCCAGAGCAUCAAGAUGCUGCACAACAAGCAAAAUCUCACGGAUCUGCCCUCGCGGCUGUUCGCCGGACUCGCCGAGCUGCGACAGAUCGUCGUCACUCGCAGCGGUCUGCAUCGACUGCCCGAGGAUCUGCUCUGGGGCUGCGCGGCGCUGCACAAUUUCACCUGCGAUCGCAACUACCUGCAGACGCUGCCCAGGCAGCUGUUUAGAGAUACGGCGGCGCUGGAGAGCCUGAGUCUGUCGUUCAACGACAUCAAGGAGCUGCCCGAUGGACUGUUCGAGGCUUCGAGCAAAUUGAUUAGGUUGGACCUGUCAAAGAAUCAUCUGACUAGUCUCACCGACAAAACCCUACUUGGCCUCGAGUCGCUCGAGUACCUGAACCUCGAGAGCAACGACCUGCAGCACAUCCACAUCGACGCCUUCCGCUCCCUCGUCAACCUCAAGGUGGCCCGUUUCGCCCACAACCGUCUGACACUGCGCACCGGCCUCUACGACGUAUUCGGCCUGCUGUCGCCCUUCCAUCACUGCCACUCGCUGGAGGAGCUUCAUCUCGCGCACAACAACGUCACGGAGAUGCACAGCGACUGGCUGAUCGGCAACACUCGUCUCAGACUCCUCGAUCUCAAGUACAACGCCUUCAACUAUCUCCAGAGCGAGGAUCUGCAAUUCGUCUCGGACGAGCUCACGGUCGACCUUCGCCACAACAACAUCUCGCGCAUCGUCCUCACCCGUCUCGAGUCCAUCGCCGGCAAUCAGUCGCAGCCGCGCAACGUCUACGUCGACAUCGCCGCCAAUCCCCUGCGCUGCGACUGCGAGAUCUACGAGCUGCUGCGCUAUCUCAACGGCGACAUGCACCCCAACGUGCAGAACUACGUGCACCUGCGACCGGGCAAUCUCAGCUGCGCCGGUCCCGAGUACGCGCGGGGUCGGCUGGUCGGGGAGCAACGAGCCCGCGACCUCAAGUGCCUCGUGGAGAGCCCGGAGGCCCGACCGGGUGACCCGUGCUCGCCCGACGCUCGUCUGGCGUGCGCCUGCUGGCUGAGGCCCGAGGAUCAGGCCCUGCUGCUGGACUGCCGCUCGCGGGGACUGAGACGGGCGCCCGACUGGAUAAUCGACGCCGCCGACCAGAGGGUGCAGAAGGUCGAGCUGGAUCUGAGCGGCAACGAGCUGACGAAGGCGCCGAGCAUGCACAGGAAGAAGGGCUACGAGAAAGUGACGAGUCUCAAUCUGGCCGGCAACAAGAUAUCCGAGAUCGACGAGACUCUGCUGUCGCCGCAGCUCAAGACGCUGCGGCUCGAAGGCAACAACCUGACUCGCAUCGACAAGUCCAUGCUGGAGCGCCUGGCGAACUCCAGCCAGCUGACCAGCCUCGGCAUCCACGACAAUCCCUGGUCGUGCAGCUGUCUCGCCCGCGACCUGCUGGCCUUCGUCCAGUCCAACAGCGGCUCGAACCAGCUGUCCGUGGCUUCCGCGACUACUACGUCGAGAACAUCGUCUUCGCAGCAGCAGCAGCAGCAUCAUCAGAAUCGUCGCGCCCGUCUGGUCGAGCCCCGACAGAUCAGGUGUCGCGAGACCGAUCAGGCCCUCCUCGACAUAUCCAUCAGCGAGCUGUGCCCCGCACUGCCCAACGCCCUCCUCAUCGUCGUCUGUUCGGCCGUCUCGGCCCUGGCGCUGCUACUCGGCUGCUCCCUGGCCCUGUUCUUCAAGUAUCAGCGUCAGAUCAAGAUCUGGCUGUUCUCCAAGAGUCUCUGCAUGUGCCUGGUGAGCGAGGCCGAGCUCGACCAGGACAAGAUCUACGACGCCUUCGUCAGCUACUCGCACAGCGACGAGGACUUCGUCGUGAAGGAGCUGGUCGCUAAGCUCGAGGAGGGCCCGCGACCCUACAAGCUCUGCAUACACACGCGCGAUUGGUGCGCCGGCGAGUGGAUAUCCGACCAGAUCUACAAGAGCGUCGAGCAGUCGAGACGCACCCUCAUCGUGCUGAGCAAGAGCUUCGUCGAGAGCGACUGGGGCAAGCUCGAGUUUCAGGCAGCCCACAAGCAGGCCCUGGCCGAGAAUCGCUCGCGUCUCAUAGUCAUACUCAAGGGCGACAUCGGCCCCAGGGACGCGCUCGAUGCGGACUUGGCGGCCUAUCUGCAGACCAACACGUACAUACAGUGGGGCGAUCCGUGGUUCUGGCAGAAGCUGCGCUACGCCAUGCCUCACAACAACGCCAAGGACGUCGAGAGCGGUAGCGGCGGCAGUAGUAGUAGCAACAGCAGCACCAACGGCUCGACCGCCACCACGACGAUAGUGGCGGGUAACGGCACGAUCGGCGGCGGUCAGGGUAGCAUCGACACGGCCACGGUGACGACGGCGGCCACGAGCACGAGCGACAACGACAGCAGCAACGGCAACGACGCGUCGCCGGCUGUUCUGCAUCGACUCGAGCAGCAGCCACCCCCGGUGCAACAGCAGCCGGCACCGAUGAAGAAGGUGCCGCCACCGACCCUGCCCAAACCCGACAUGACGAGGAUCACGUGGAUCGACGAGCACCAUCGCACCUCGCCCACGUCGAGCCAGGCGUCCACGAGCAUCAUCAACGGCAGCGUCAUUGGCAUAAGCACGGUCAACGGUCUCAAUAAUUAUCAUCAUCAUCAUCAUAAUCAUCACAAUCACAAUGGUCAGUCGGCGGCGGCGGCGGCGGCGGCCAAGCUGAGCUUCAGUCCGACGUUCAUCGCGCCGCACUGCACGACCGUCUAGAGAGAGAGAGAGAGCAUAUUUUUUUUUUUGGCAGGAUAUCGAUCAUCGCCUAGAAUCACGAUGAUAAUCGACGAUGGGCAUGACUCGCGUGUAAAUAAUACAUAGAUUUUAUAUCUAGACAGAUAUCCGUGUAAAGAUGUUAAAUUCUUCUCGAUCCUCUUUUUAUCAUUAUUAUAUAAACGUGUAUAUUGAGAAACGAGAAGAAAAACGGAAUCAUGACUUAUGCGAAUCGUUAGGAUGUGUGUGCGUGUGUUGUACAGAUGACUAAGCACGGUGUGGUACCUACCACGCGAUGCCGAGGGAAGAGAUUAUACGAGAGAAUAAAAAAAAAAGGCACCGACACAUUCGUUCAAGGACCAAAGGAAAUUUUUACGAAAUAAAUUAGAAAUAUUUUAUACAUAGAUAGAUGUUGUAAAUGCGUAUAGGUAUGUGUGUUCGUGUAAAAAUCGACGUGUAGCAUUUUUUUUUGUAAACGCGUAUUAAGUCGAAUGCCGAUCGCGGGAUCCGCGAAACAUCUCGAUUGUAAGACUGAAAAAAAAA